CUCCAGUCUUCAGUCUUUAGCCAUCUUUCUCUCUCUCUUUUUUGGCUAGUGCAAAAUACUCGUUUCCAUUGCCAACUUGAUCAUAUUCCAUAGAUCACUACUAAAAGAAACUUAGAUAUUUCUCAAAUUUCCAAUAAAUCUAUCCCUCUAAAACUUAUGGAAUUUGGUCAACGAAUAGCCUUCACCAUUUUCUUGGUGACUUUUCUAGGAUUUUUUCUCUCCAUAUCUCAAUCUUACACCUUCUAUGUUGGUGGCAGGGAGGGUUGGGUCUUAAAACCCAAAGAAGAUUACAAUCAGUGGGCAGGAAGAAAUCGAUUUCAGAUUAAUGACACCCUCAUUUUUAGAUACAAGAAAGGCUAUGAUGAUGUUCUGGAAGUAGAUAAAGAUGAUUACUACAACUGUAACAAGGAAAACCCCUUUUUAGCUCUCAAAGAUGGGGAAUCAGUGUUCAAGUUUAACAGGUCCGGUCCAUUCUUUUUCAUUAGUGGUUAUGCAGAUAAUUGCCAGAAGGGUCAGAGGCUUAUCAUUGUCGUGUUGCAUCCAAGAGGUAAUCCUACCAAUGCUCCAUCACCAGUUGCGGCCAAUCCUCCCUCUCCUUCUCCUUCUCCUUCUCCCUCUCCAUCUCCAGCUCCAAUUUUCGCCCUGACUUCUUCACCAGUUAAGCCUAACACUCCUCCUCCUGCAGCCGCGAGUCCCCCUUCGCCAGUGAUCGUUCAGCCCUUUGCUCCUGCACCGUCUCCAUCUGCCGCAUUAACUACUUUUGGUGGCUCAAUUGGUUCUUUGUUGGGAAUAAGCCUCUUCUUGGCCAUAUUUGCUUUUGGCUACUGAUUUCGCGUAGAUCAUCUGCAUCUUGUAUUGCAGAAAAGUAGAUUAUUUGUAAUUUAUUACGAUUAUUGUCCAUUUUAAGUUGUUUUUAGGCUAUUUCUAUUCCUAUAUGACAUUAGUGUUAUUGUGUUCUUUCAUCUAUAUAUGUGAAAAUGUAAUUAAUUCCUCUAUUUAC